AUGGAGUUGUCAUUGUUACAGCUCAUGUAUAUAUCGGUUUUAACUAUUCCUAACUCUUAUUUUACUAGAACUCUCAGGAAUAUCAGUUGCUAUGAAGGUGACACUGUAAAUUUGGUAUGUGAGGUAACAGAAACGGAUACAUCAGCACAAUGGUAUAAGGACGGGGCUAACAUCGAAAUAAAUAGAUAUAUUAUCAAGCAAACGGGAAAGACACAUCAAUUGACAAUAGCAUGUGCUAGUCCUAAUGAUAAUGGUCUUUUCAAGGUUGAUAUCAACAGCAGAGUAAGAGAAGCGUCAUUAAAAGUAAAAGCAUGUUUCAUAAAAGACAUUAAACGCAUUUCUUGCAUAGAAGGCGAGCAUGUCAAUUUUUCUUGUGACGUUCAUCAAGAAAAUGCAGUUUUACGAUGGUUCAAGGGAAAUAAGGAAAUCAAGUCUUCUGACAAAUAUGUUGUACAAUCUCAUAACAGGAGACACAAGCUCGAAAUAAAAAAUGUCAAUAUCGGUGAUAGUGGCGAAAUUACUGUUAAAGUUAAAAACUGCACAAGGACAAGUACACUGGAAGUUCGUAAAUGCUUUAAUCAACACUUACAAAGUCAACAAGUAAUUGAAGGAUACAGCGUUCAAUUUGAAUGCGAGCUAAGUUGUCCGGAUGAUGUUGGAGUAUGGUACAAAGACGAUUUGAAAAUUGAAAGUUCUAAUAAAUCUAUAAUAACAAAGUCAGGAAAACAGAAUCGGCUGGUUGUAAAAAACACAUCUUUAGAUGACAAAGGGGAGUAUUCUUUCAAAGUUCAAAACAUAUCGACAAAAGCAACACUUAUUGUUGAAGAUUACUUUGAGAUAAAUCCCUUAAACACUACUUGUAAAGAAGGAGACACUGUUCAUCUAACGUGUGAAGCUAUCGAAAACAGCCUUCCAGCACAAUGGCGUAAAGAUGGUUUAGAUAUCGAUACCAAUGGUGGUAAAUUUUCCAAACAUCAAACCCAAAACGCAUCCCAGCUGAUUAUACGAUCAGUUAAUCAGAUGGAUAGUGGAUGCUACUCAGUAGAUAUCAGUGGUAGAAUAAGGAACGCCUAUGUUACCGUAACAGAUUACUUUAUUAAACCACUAAAAGAUAUUGAGUGUAGAGAAGGCGAAACUGCUGAGUUUAGAUGCAAAUCCAUAGAAUCUCCUUCGACGGUAGAGUGGAGCAAAAAUGGGAAUUUAAUAGAUCACAACAGAUGCAUAAAGAAACAAGUUAAACAUACCAAUAAGCUUAGAAUUCAGUAUGCACAACCUGGAGAUAGUGGAUGCUACCGCAUAAGUGUCAACGCGAGGACUAGUGAAGCCUUCCUAAAAGUCAAAGAUUAUUUUACAAUGAGCUUCAAUGAUAUUACUUGCAAGGAGGGUGAAACAGCUCGAUUUAAAUGUGUAGCAAUAGAAAACGGUAUGGUAGUUAAGUGGUACAAAGAUAAUAAAGAAAUACAAUCUGAUAAAUAUAUAGUAGAACAAAAAGGACAAGUGUAUCAACUGACUAUAAAUAAUGGUGAUCCAAUGGAUACUGGAUAUUACUCCAUAAGAGUAAAUGGCAGGACUAGAACAGCAUUUCUUAUGAUUGAAGGUAAACUUUUGUAA